AUGUCCAAGUUCCCGCCAUUCGCGCCGUUUCCAAGAGCGUCCUGGAGGCAGCAUCUCGCACCCCAGGACUGGAACUCGCUUCUGGAGGCAUGGCUCACCUUAUGCCAGGCCAGCUUAAGUCUCUCUGACGACCAGUUGAGAGCAAACAUCAAGGCCGAUGAUUCGGUAAUUCUGUUUCUGGAUUCAUUCAUGGAGGAGACCGCAGAGGAUGGCUUGGAGUCAUUGGGUUCCCACUCUACUCAGCUUCUGAGAGUGAUAUUCCAGCUUACUAGCCGCCUUCUUGCGGUUUCAACUUCAACAACUGAUUCACGACUCUUCGAAUUUCCAUUCCUUUCGAACUUUGCAAGGGUUUAUCCAAAGAAGCUUUCCGCGCCAGUAUUUACGUCAUUGUUUAGCAAGCAUGGGACAGUUACAGAAGCAUCUCUUACCUCACUCAAGAAACUCCUCAUUCCUCACUUGGAAUCGGGAAUCAAAGGGGAUCUGAAGCUUGUACAUUCCAAGCUCACACGACUAAAUUACCUGCUACAUGCUUCUCCAGAUGCAUGUGCUCUACUUCUUGCCGGAUCCGAUUUCUUCGAUGGGCUGGUUACAUGCUUCCGCGUGAUGAACCCGCCGCUGAGGAAGACGAUCAUCACUACGGUGUAUGUCUGUCUCAUCGGGCUCACAGAGAAUGAGCCGCCGAAGUGGUCAAUGCUGGGUGACCAGCUUUACGUUCUCAAGUCUGCUGCGGACUCUCACAAACAAGGACCGCUGAAUGUCAAUGAUUCUCUAGUCCCCGAGCUUGUUACCUCCACUCCUAUACUCAAGGUCCUGUCACGGAGAGCCGAAUCCUCUGGAUCUGCCACACAGCUGCUCAAGAAUCGGAUUACAGCACUCAUGGAGUUUAAGAAGGGCCCGAUGGUCCGACCAAAGGGCCAUGGACGAAGGAAACUCGACAAAGGCAAGGGCAAACAGACACAGGAGGAUGCACAGGUAGAGAUCCACGUGCAUAAAAUGAGUCAGAUUACACAAAUCCAAGAUCUGUUCCCUGAUCUGGGAGCUGGUUUUAUCGCGAAAUGUCUUGACGAGUGCAACGAGGACGUGGAGCUGGUUGUGGCGAACCUAUUAAGCGAAUCACUACCGCCUCAUCUUGCAACGGCGGACCGCAGCGAGCCAUUAUUAUCACAAACGCCACGUUCCAAGCACUCUGGGAUUCCCGCCCAGCAGGCAGUGCCAUCAAAACUCCCAACGAGGAAAAACGUCUUUGACGACGAUGAUUUUGAUCGUCUCGUUGCAGAUACAUCUAAAAUAUCAUUUGGAAAGAAGCCAGGAAAAACCGCCGAUGAGAUUCUCGCCGACCGUUCAAGCGCUCCUGGUAAAGCAGCCAUCCUUUCUGCCCUCGCAGCCUUGGAUCCGGAUGAUGAUGAGCGUGACGACACCUAUGACGCUGAUGAUGUUGGUGGCACUGUCGACUCUGCAAACCAGGAGGCCGAUACUGGCGAUGACAAAAAUGAAGAGAUUCUUUUCCGUGCCUGGCAACUGGAUGCAAAGGUAUUUGAUAGAGAUGCCGCGACCCGUCGAAGCAGCUCACGUACCAAGUUAAGAGAGGAAACUGGAAUGGCGGAUGAAGCUCUGGAGGGAUGGGCACUUAUGCUCACCAGAAAUCCACAACAAAGACGUCGGCUGGAACUCAAGUAUGAGUUCAGCGGCCAACAAGUACAACUCGACCGAACGUCCUGGAGAGCCAGUCCAGCUGGCUCUGGGACGGAGGAUAAUGAUUCUGAUCGGGGUGCAUCCAGGGGUGGAAGAGGAGGUCGUGGCCGUGGUAGGGGAUCCGGGGGUCCAGGGCGAGGGCGCGGAGGAGGAAACGUCGCUGGUCCUACUGGUGAGAAGGAGACGGAGGCGGCCAGGCGGCGGAAGGAAGCGAACAAAGGAUCAAGGGCGAAUCACAAUCGCCGAGAUGCUCGGGCCAAGAAGAUGUCGCGAGGUGGUUUCGCUGGCUGA